UUGCCCGCAGUUCCCGGAGAGCCUUGCGGCUGCGAUGGCGGCCUCCGGCUGGCGUGGGGCUGCGCUCCUAAGAACCGUGUUAGGGGUCUGGAAGCCGGGUCCCGACGCCGCGAGAGAAUGGGUGACCCGGCUCCCCUCGCUCGUGGGCUGUCAGCGGAGAUGCGUUUCCUGUGUCUCAGGCCCGGCCUUCUCUGGUCCCCGUCUGGCCUCGGCUUGUCGCCCAGAUGGCCAGAACUCAGCCCUGGACUGCUUCUUCGGACUCUCUGAGCCAGACAGCUCGUUGACCCUUCACGUCCCCGCCGUGUCCAUACACAGAGAUGAGCAGGAUCUCCUCUUGGUCCAUUGCCCCGACAUGCCCGAGAACCCCCGAGUGCUACGAGUGGUCCUCCUGGGUGCCCCGAAUGCAGGGAAGUCAACACUCUCCAACCAGCUGCUGGGCCGAAAAGUGUUCCCUGUCUCCAGGAAGGUGCACACCACUCGCAGCCAAGCUCUGGGGGUCAUCACAGAAAAAGAGACCCAGGUGAUUCUGCUUGACACACCUGGCCUCAUCAGUCCUGCUAAACAGAAAAGGAGUGCAUCACUCACAAGACCCUUCAUGAACCGUGUAUGUCUGUCCCUUAGGCACCAUCUGGAGCUCUCUUUGUUGGAAGAUCCAUGGAAGAGCAUGGAAUCUGCUGAUCUGGUUGUGGUUCUUGUGGAUGUCUCGGAUAAGUGGACUCGGAACAAGCUUAGUCCCCAGGUGCUCCGGUGCUUGACCCAGUUCUCCCAAGUCCCCAGCGUCCUUGUCAUGAACAAGGUUGAUUGCCUGAAGCAGAAGUCAGUUCUCUUGGAGCUCACAGCAACCCUCACUGAAGGUGUGGUCAACGGCAAGAAGCUCAAAACGAGGCAGGCUUUCCGCUCACAGCCAGGCACCCAUUGCCUCAGCCCGGCUGCUAAGGGCCCAGACACACAGUCUGUGGGAGACCCUCAGCGGAUUGGCUGGCCCCACUUCCAGGAGAUAUUCAUGUUGUCAGCCCUAAGCCAGGAGGAUGUAAAAACACUAAAGCAAUAUUUCCUGGCACAGGCCCGGCCAGGGCCUUGGGAGUUCCACAGUGGAGUCCUCACCAGUCAGACGCCUGAGGAGAUCUGCACCAAUAUGAUCCGAGAGAAGCUCCUCGAGUACCUGCCUGAGGAGGUGCCCUACAACGUGCAGCAGAGGACAGUGAUAUGGGAAGAAGGGCCAAACGGGGAGCUGAUGAUCGAGCAGAAGCUUCUGGUGUCCAAAGAAUCUCACAUGAGGAUCCUGAUUGGUCCGAAAGGGUACCUGAUUUCCCAGAUUGCGCAAGAGGUGGGCCGUGACCUCAUGAACAUCUUCCUCUGUGAAGUUCGGCUCCGCCUGUCUGUGAAACUCCUCAAGUGACCACACUCUGCUGUCUUUCCUAAAGCGUCCCCGCCCAAGCUGCUGGCGGGAGCCACAGACCAGAACCGCCCCUGCCUAGGGCCUGGGGCUGGGUGUGGACACUGACUGACUGCUGGCUGGCCUGGCCUAGUCUGCACAGCCUCUGCCCGGCCAUGCCUUCUGCUGGAGGAUGGAACCUACCUUAGCUUGGUUCCCAGGUAGUUCCUCUGCCUGGGGCUAUAGCUACUUAGGUCUUAGAAGCUGGCCCUUUGGUGUGGGGGUGCUGCUCCCACCUGGCUUUGGGCCCAGAGCUCCUCCCUCAGCUGCCAGUUGUUAGCAGAGAGAUCGUUCCCCUCUCCCCUCAGUUCAUCCACCUUGCAGCUGUGUGAGGACCCAUGUGUUCUGAGUGAGAUACUGCCUCCCACCUGCUCCUCAAGUCCUUGAUCCCUCCCACCCCGCCCCCCUCCAGUCUCGGAUGCUAAUAAAGUUAAAAGACAA